AUGGAUCACCGUCCACGAGGCAACGAUGCCUCGUGGCCACCCGCAGCCCUCGUGGCCAUCGCCCUGGGCCUCGCCGCAGCCAUCCUCCUCGUCGACGCCCUGCGCAGCUGGUACCGCCUCUCCCACGUUCCCGGGCCCUUCUGGGCUGCCUUGUCCAAGUACUGGAUGGUCAAGCACUCUUUGAGAGGCGAGCAGCCGUACGCGAUCCAGAAGGCGAAUGAGGAAUAUGGGUCGCUCGUGCGCAUCGGUCCCAAUGAGCUGGCCACCGACGACCCAGAACUGCUGCGCCGGAUGAUGGCUGUUCGCUCACGAUAUACGAGGGGUCCAUGGUACAAUGCACUGCGCUUCCAAGCAGGCCAGGAUCACCUCUUCUCACAGCGCGACGAUGACGAGCACAUGAGGAUCCGGAACAAAAUGGCCGCCGGCUACUCCGGCAAGGAGAACGAGUCCAUGGAACGCACCGUCGACGAGCACAUUGCGCGCCUCGUGCGCCUGCUCGAGGCCAACUACCUGUCCACGCCCCAGCAAUACCGCCCUGUCGAUUUCGCACGCAAGAUCCAGUACUUCACCCUCGACGUGAUCAGCGACCUCGCCUUUGGCCACCCCUUUGGCUUCAUGGAGCAGGACGCCGACGUCUACGACUUUAUCAAGAUCACCCGCGACUUCUUCCCCGUCGCCGUCCUCGCCGGCAACAUCCCCUCCCUCGUGUCCCUCUUGCACUCGCCCCUGUUCAGGGGUCUCCUGCCCAAGGCCAGUGACAAGCUCGGCUUUGGCGCCUUCAUCGGGGUGGCCAACAGGAAGGUCGCAGAGCGCUUCGAGGAAGAUGCCGUCUCGCGACCCGACAUGCUGGGCUCCUUUAUCCGCCACGGUCUGACGCAGGACGAGGCCUCCCGCGAGUCCCUCCUCAACGUCGUCGCGGGCAGCGACACCACCGCCACCACCAUCCGCCUCAUGAUGCUGAGCAUCCUGAGCAACCCGACCGCGUACAGGAAGCUGCAGGACGAAAUCGACAGCGGUGUCCAGGCCGGCACCAUCUCCUCGCCCAUCACAGACGCCGAGGCGCGCAACCUGCCGUACCUCCAGGCCGCCAUCAAGGAAGGUCUCCGUAUCAAGGCACCAGCCGCUGGGCCCCUCUUCAAGCAGGUGCCCCCCGAGGGCGAUGUGAUUGAUGGGAAGUUCAUCCCUGGCGGCACGCAGAUUGGCACAUCCCCCUUUGCCAUCUACCAUUCCAAGACGAUCUUUGGGGACGACGCUGAGCUGUUCCUCCCGGAGCGCUGGCUGGAUGCCGACAAGGAGCGCGUGGCGGCCAUGGCGGGCGUCGUGGACCUCGUCUUCUCGGCGGGGAAAUGGGGCUGCCUUGGCAAGUCGGUGGCAUUCAUGGAGCUGAACAAGGUGUUUGUGGAGCUCAUGAGACGCUUCGACUUUGCUCUUACGCGACCUGAACGACCCGUUCACAUUCAGAAUGCGAUGGCCGGCCUGGGCAUGAGUUUCUUCCCGCUAGACGAACUCGGGGGCCAGCUCCUCAAGUUUUCUAGGCGCAUCUAUACGGCGGCGCGCGGUCGCAAGAUCGCCGGGCGGGAGAUGCGCUUCGCAGCCAUCAACCUACGCGUGGCCGCGACCGCCAUCCGAUCUGCUAUUCAGAGCUUGGAGGAUCUCCAGCCAGAGAACGGGGAGCUGCCUAUCUUCCGCCAGUUGCGAAAAGACAGGACACUGAAAUCCAUCAACGAGACGGCCACGUACCUCACGGAGCGCCGAAAGGAGAUUGAGCCGGCCCUGGUCGGGGUGAAUCAGACAAGACUCAGCUUUUUGGAGGCGUACAGAUGGUUUUUCCAUCUGAGAACAGAGCUUGAGAGAUACCGCCAGGGCGUCGAACAGAUACAGACCAGUCUCCUUCUGAUCAUGACCAGCGCCGCGCUCGAGCUGAAUAUACGUGACUAUCAAGGCACAGCCGACUUGAAAUUCAAGGAGCGCCUGGAUUCAGAAAAGUACGUCCAGUUCUUCAGUCCGAUCAAGCGGCUGCGGCGCGAAUUGAAGAAUCUCAAGCGACAGGCCAAGAUACAGGCGCGGCUGGCCCAAGCGGACGACAUAUUUCCGGACAUGAACCACGCAAAAUUGCAAUCCGCGAUACACGCUUUGCUCAGGAUGGUGGACCGGGUCGGCCAGAGUGAUGCUAGGCCAGCACAGUCAAGCACCACCACCCGCCACCCUGAUCCCCUCGAGACAAGGAGCAGAGACAAUGCUGAGAAGAAACCUGGACUCGAAGAUCCCAGGGAACAUGGGCAGAAUAGUGCGAAUCGAGUCGACAGUGCAAUAGUUAACCCCCUUUCUGCGACUACCACGGCAGAGUCACCCACCGUGGUCGGAAGCCACGAUACUGGUACUUAUACCAAGGGGGUGUCCGCCGCAAGGCAAUCGCGUACCGAAACUGCACCCGACAAGGACAUCUGUAUAGUUCCCGUUGAGCCUUGCAAGCGGGUCACGGCCUGGGUAUCGAGGCCAGGCCUAUACGAGGGGGCAAGGCCCGUCAACGCGACCGUGGACCCUAGUCUAAUUUUCAAUCUGAUCAGCUCGAGGUCGGCGUGGGACCUAGACCUCGAGGUGCGCCGACGUCGUACCGAUGAUCCCCUACGAAUCUCGAUGUAUCCGGAUGGUGUCCCUGCCGUCCUCGGCGUCGCGAAAAUGCAAUGGGGUGACUCUACCGGCCGUGGAGCUGCGACCCAAGAAUUUCUGGUGUAUAGGGACGACGAGCCUGCCAUGGCACUUGGACAGCCAUAUCUCCGCUGUUGGAACCGGCUAUGGGCGGAUGCAAUCGACGAGAGGAGGCAUGGACGGGCUUCCGAGGUGGCAGCGGAGUGGGAAGCGAUGGCUGGCUCAGUCAAGGGGCAGCACACGCUUCUCCAGUUCUCGAAUGUCAAUCCUGGUUCUAGACGACGACAAGGCCAGGGUAGACUGCGUGUAUGA